AUGGCCAAACACAAUAAUUCAGAAGUAACUGAAUUCAUCCUCUUGGGACUCACAGACAAUCCUGAGCUUCAAGCCCUUCUUUUUGGGAUCUUUUUAGUGAUCUACUUAAUUAGUGUCAUGGGUAAUCUUGGAUUAAUCAUGCUAAUUUGUGUCAGUCCUCAGCUUCAUACAGCUAUGUAUUAUUUCCUUAGCCACCUAGCUUUUGUUGAUUUUUGCUAUACCUACUCGGUCACUCCUAACACUCUGGUGAACUUCCUCCAAGAAACUAAAAGAAUAUCCUUACCUGCUUGUGCCAUUCAGUUGUUUUGCUUUAUCAUGUUUGUGGUGUGUGAGUUGUAUAUGCUCUCAGUCAUGGCUUAUGACAGGUAUGUGGCCAUUUGUAAUCCUUUACUCUAUACCAUUGUCGUGAACAAAAAGGUCUGUAUUCAGAUGGUGCUUAGCACAUAUCUGUAUAGCUUUUCUGUGGGACUCCUACAAGCAACUCUUACAUUCCACUUAUCUUUCUGUCAUUCAAACAUAAUAAAUCACUUCUACUGUGACGAUGUCCCCUUGGUUGCCCUGGCCUGUCAUGAAACCCAUCACAAAUAUAUCAAAAAGUUUUUAUUGUUCACACUUGCUGGGUUCAAUAUCUUUUUCUCUCUUUUUAUUGUCCUUGUCUCCUAUGUAUUCAUUCUAUUUGCCAUUCUAAGGAUUAAAUCAGCUGAAGGCAGAAAAAAGGCAUUUUCUACUUGCGCUUCCCACUUGACUUCCAUCACUAUAUUUUAUGGAACGAUCAUCUUCAUGUAUAUGCAACCAGAAAGAAGCCAUUCCUUGCAUACUGAUAAAAUAUCUUCUGUAUUCUAUAUAGUGGUAAUUCCCAUGCUAAAUCCUCUCAUAUACAGCCUGAGGAACAAGGAAGUAAAAAAUGCUUUGAAGAGAACUAUGGAAAAAGUGUAUUCUAAUAUAAUAUAA